UACAUUAAAAGGCCGAAUACAGAGGUUUGCAGUCUGACUGUUAUCAUUUUGCAAAAUGCAAGACGUCCAGCCACCACCCCUCCGCACCCUGGAUGAUUUUCUGCUGGGUUCGGCCCGCUUUGCCAUUCCCGAUUUCCGUAACUUGGAACGAUGGAACAAUCGAAUAGUCAACAACUUAUUGUACUAUCAGACUAAUUAUUUUGUUUCAGCGUUGAGCUUUCUGGUCAUUCCUGGCUUUUUCUGGCUCUUCCAAUUGGUCCUGGAGACGACGGUGGUGGUGGUUUUGUUUGUGGGCUUCGUCUGGGCUGCUGAGAACCAUGCUCUCCUUCGCCGUUUCCGUAGAAACCACCCUUCGUUUUGCCUUCUAGCCAUACUUUUGGCCAGUUACAUUAUUUUGUCACUGCUGGGGAGUGUGUCUAUAUUCCUGUUUGGGAUAGUCUUCCCUAUACUCUUGGUGGUGGUCCAUGCUUCGCUGCGACUGCGGAACCUAAAGAACAAGGUGGAGAACAAGCUGGAGAGCAUCGGCCUGAAGAGGUCCCCCAUGGGCCUGAUGCUGGAGGCCCUGGGACAGGAGCAGGAGGCAGGCUCAUAGGACAUGGGACCUGGAGGAAGGUCCCUGGCCGGACAGAUGAGCAUUUGGGGGAUGGGGGGUGGAGGGGAAUUCCGAGAACAAAGAUAAAUAGGAAAAGUCCUAGCGGACGAUGAAGCAAGUGAAGAUUGUCUGUAUUGUAUCAUUAUUGAAAUUGUCCCUUUUUAUAACAGUAUUUAGAAAUUGUUCCCGCAUCAGAAAUAGUUUCAAAUGGCAGUAUUCCAAGUUGUACCGCAUGAUGUCCUAUCUUUUUUUGAAGGGACCAAGAGUUAAAAUACAAAGAGAUCUGUUUGCAAAUUGGCGAAGAUAUGAACGGAUCCUUCUCUCCCGGUGGAUGUCAGAGGAUUUGUUGACAGCAUGGAAAUGUCAUACCUUUUACAUUCCCCAUUCAAGUUAAAGUUUCCCCUGCUAUGUUUAUUUUGAAUGACCUGAAUUUGAAUCAUUUUCAGCUACUUAGAGUAUUUGAAAAUAUGAGUGGCUAAUCAUGCUGGAUUGAUCUAGUAGGCUUUGAUUAAGUGAAGUAGACCAUUUAAGUAUCUGAAGACAUUUAACAGUGCACUAGCGAUCUAAUUCCUAGAUUCUGGUCAGGUUUGGAGCUUGAAUGAAACAUAAUUUAAUAUAAUUGAAUUAUUUAGAGCCCUUUAGAACCCUAAAUUCUUAACAGGCAGGCUUAACCAAAAGGUCCUCUGUUGGGCAACCUGGCCAGAUGUUUUCCCAGUGCGGUUACAUAUUUCUAAAACUAUAGUGGCAGGAUUUUCUAAGUAAACACUUCUGUGAGUAUAUUUUUAAGGAUUUUGUGUGUGUGUUUAAGGAUAUUUAAAGAGUGCCACAUUCAUGUAACUGUAAAUGCCUUCCAUCUGUUCAUUA